GGAUGGGAUCUCCUUCGGAGUCUCCAGCAGGGAAACUUUUCGUACCUCCCCCUCAGCCUGCCUGCUUGGUUCCAACAGCGCGUCGAUGGUCAAAAGGUUCACAUUUGGAGGCGCACAGAGGACCGGCGGCUCUCUACAAGAGCAGAGGUGAUUCACGUAGGCAGAAUGUGCCAGAAUCCUUAAAGAUAAACUAAAGGCUUUGGACGAUACUCGAUCGUUUUUUUUGAUUGCCGUACGUAUACCAGGCGCCAUGGCUCAAGCUGAAGUAGCACUCCUGCGGUGCGCGUUGUUUUUUCUCUACCUGCGUGUCUGCUUGAGCCAGCUUGAUUGCACCGGCACGGACUGUCCCCUGCUGGACAACUGUAUUGAAGAAGUCCUGGAGAGUGGUGCCUGUUGUGCUACAUGCUUACAAAAAGGAUGCGCAUGUGAGGGUUACCAGUACUAUGACUGCAUCAGUGCUGGAUUCAAGAAUGGCAAGGUACCCGAGGGAGACUCCUACUUUGUUGAUUAUGGGAGCACAGAGUGCUCCUGCCCUGCAGGCGGGGGUCGGAUCAGCUGCCACUUCAUCAGCUGUCCCGAUAUCCCACCAAACUGCAUUGAGGUUUCAGAGCCUGCAGAUGGCUGCAUGCAGUGUGAACGUGUUGGAUGUGUUCAUGCUGGACAAAAGUAUGAGGCUGGACACUCCUUCCAUAUUGACGUGUGCCGUGUGUGCCACUGUCCCAAUGAAGGGGGGAAGUUAAUGUGCUACCCGGUACCAGACUGUGAUGCACAGAAAUUUCAUAAUCCCAUGUUAGCUACUCCCACAGAAGAUAAUACAGUCAUCAGGCAUGAUAAUUUCCCAUACAGGUUUGACCAACAAGGCCACACAGAGCAAUUUGCCACCCCAUAUCACCUUCCCAAUGGAAAUCUUCCUCUCUUUAAAUUGCCACCACUUAAAGAGGAACCAGAAGACUACGAUUAUGGUCCUACAGACUCUCCAGAGAGCUACCCACAGUCCCUGGUCUUUCCCACUACAUCCUCUCCUUCUUUUAAAAAAGGUCUAUCCGUGUCCCAAGGCUCUGCCAAACCUGAUCGAGCCUCUUCUCUUCAGAGCUUUGACAGGCAAGGCAAACAGGCACUGAGAGAACGAUAUGGAGUUCAUGACCAUCCUUCAGGCAGAGAGGAAGUGACAGAAGGUCCCCUGAGACUAGAGCAGAUAAAGGAUGUGCCUUACACAGCCAAGACGGUGCAACAAGAGAGAAGCAAAGAGGACUCAGAAAGCAGCAUUCCAACCAGCAUUUACGAUAAGGCCACUAUUGAGCCUGCCACUCCCUCCCAAAGGUGGCCUGAGUCCCUGACAACACCUGUAUUCCAUUUUAUCACCACCACCCAGCCACCAAUGAGAGUUAAACUGGAUGAGAGUCAGCCCCGUGGAGAGCCAGAUCAGAUGCUGCUUAGCCUUCACAGUGAAGGCAGAGAGGAGGCAAAGGAAGGGGUGAAAGAGGCCGAGGAACAUCGCCCUGUUUUGCUCAUCAGACCUGAGGAGGCAGGAGCAGAACCAGAUAUUUGUGGCCUGAAGGGCUUACAGAUACAGAGUUGCAUGUGCAGUGUGGCUGCACUGUUGAAAAAUGCAGGCAUUGAGAAAAUUAACAGUAAGACAUGA